CACAUGAGUUCCAUAGCUGUUGCCAACCACGUAAUGUUUUCAUGCUACAGCUGAUGCAGAGAAAACGCCAAAAAAGCCUGCAUGGAUAAUUUGGCCACAAUUCGCUAUCGUGGCGAUAAAAAAAAUCUUAUUGAAAUCGCUAAAAAUUUGGAUGCAUUCAAAAAAGUACCGGAUAAAUAUACGGAAACAACCGAAAUCGGUGGUACAUUAUCUUUGAUCAGCCGUCUGCUUAUUAUUUACCUCAUUUACAAGGAGGUGUGCUAUUACAGGGAAGCCAAUCUUAUAUAUCAAUUUGAGCCAGAUAUUGAUAUGGACGAUAAAGUGCAAAUGCAUGUCGACAUUACAGUUGCCAUGCCAUGUUCAUCUCUUUCUGGUGUUGAUCUUAUGGAUGAGACUCAACAGGAUGUCUUUGCUUAUGGUACUUUACAACGAGAAGGUGCUUGGUGGGUACUUCCCGAAGAAGAGCGUCUUCAGUACGAACGAAUGCAGCAUAUGAACACAUUCUUACGUGAAGAAUAUCAUUCUGUCGCUGACAUUCUUUUUAAGGAUAUAAUCAAAAGUAAUGAGAAACAUACAAAACCACUGAGGAAUAUCAAACCAUUGCCCGAGGAGAAAUAUGAUGCUUGUCGCUUACAUGGAACAUUGGGUAUAAAUAAGGUCGCCGGUGUUUUACACUUGGUUGGCGGUGCGCAACCAUUUGUGGGUUUAUUCGAAGAUCACUGGACAAUUGAUUUCCGCCGUACGCCGGCCAAUUUUACACAUCGCAUCAAUCGCUUAAGUUUUGGACAAUAUUCUCGACGCAUAGUGCAACCAUUGGAGGGUGAUGAGACACUAGUACCCGAUGAGGAUACAACAGUACAAUAUUUUUUGAAAAUUGUACCAACCGAAAUACAUAACACGUUCAAUACCAUUAAUACGUAUCAGUAUUCGGUGACGGAAAACGUUCGACAAUUAGAUUCGGCAAAGAAUUCUUACGGGUCACCUGGCAUCUAUUUCAAAUACGAUUGGUCAGCCUUGAAGAUCAUCGUUCGUACCGAUCGUGAUAAUUUUUUACAGUUCAUCAUACGUCUAUGCUCAAUCAUUGCUGGCAUAAUUAUUAUCUCAGGCAUUUUAAAUUCUCUUAUACUAUCUGCACGGCGGUUAAUCAUCUUCAUAGUGUCGCCGCAACACCUACAGCUACCAUCGCCUGCAGUAGCCACAACAGCAAUGCCAAAAAAGGACAUAAAAAAUGUGGAACCCAUGAGUGGUGGUGUCCGCCCAAAUAUAACGCAAACAAAUAAACAAAUUUCAAAUAAUCUCAUAAAUACGGCGAACAGUAUGUCCACAACGGGCAUAACACCAACUUAUAUACCGAUUGCUCUCGAUGAAACGCUGUAAAAUUAAAUGCGUAUGUUUGUAUGUAUGUACAUAAUUAAUUUAAAAAAAUACCUGAUUUAUUUGUGUACAUACAAAAUU